UUAUGUUCAAUUUCAACCCAUGAAUGAUGGGUUAGCCGAAGACACAAAAAACGGUCGUUGAGUGAGCAAAGCCCAGAGUACAAUGGCGGCCGCUGCUGCAAGAACCGUCAUAUGCUCCACUCCAUCGCAUCUCAAACUCUGGUCCUCUCCGUUCUCUCUCUCUCUUUCUCCCAAAUUUACACUCUCCUUAAACCCAAAUCUCCCAAAAAACCGUCCUAUCUUCUUUUCCUCCUCUCUUCCUCCUGUGAGGUCCCUUCACUCCCCUACCCAGCAAGCUUCAACCACGCGAACCCACGACGCAAUUCGCCGACCCAACGUCGUCGAUAUCCUCGAGGAAAGGGGCUUGCUUGAAUCCCUCACCAGCGACAAUCUCAGGUCCGCUUCUUCUACUUCUAACUCUACUCUCAAAGUUUACUGCGGUUUCGAUCCCACAGCCGAGAGCUUGCACUUGGGUAAUCUUCUUGGCAUCAUUGUUCUCUCUUGGUUCCAAAGGUGCGGUCACAAAGCCGUUGCCUUGAUUGGUGGUGCCACCGCCAGAAUCGGUGACCCCUCAGGUAAGAGCCUGGAAAGGCCAGAACUUGAUGUCGAUACAUUGGAAAAGAAUACCCUUGGGAUUACUAAUGCACUGACUAGAAUAUUCAAUAUGAAUAUGAAUUUGAACAACUCAAUUGUGGUUAUGAACAAUUAUGAUUGGUGGAAAGAGUUUAGGUUACUGGAUUUCUUGAAACAAGUAGGAAGAUAUGCUCGUGUGGGUACCAUGAUUGCUAAGGAGAGUGUGAAGAAGAGGCUUGAAUCUGAACAAGGAAUGAGUUAUACUGAGUUCUCUUACCAGCUCUUGCAGGGAUAUGACUUCCUUUACCUUUUCAAAAACGAGGGUGUUAAUGUUCAGAUUGGAGGAAGUGAUCAGUGGGGCAAUAUAACUGCUGGGACUGAACUUAUCCGAAAAAUUCUUCAACCACAAGAUGGAGCUGAGGCUCAUGGUUUGACAUUCCCUCUUCUGUUGAAGAGUGAUGGCACCAAAUUUGGCAAGUCAGAGGAUGGUGCCAUUUGGCUUUCCCCAUCCUUCUUAUCUCCAUACAAGUUUUAUCAGUACUUUUUCUCUGUACCUGAUGCUGAUGUUAUUAGGUUCCUCAGGAUACUUACUUUCUUGGACUUGGAUGAGAUUGAUGAGUUGGAGAAGGAAAUGAAGAGACCUGGCUAUGUGCCAAACACAGCUCAGCGUAGGCUUGCUGAAGAAGUAACCCGUUUUGUUCAUGGUGAAGAUGGACUUAGUGAGGCUCUUAAGGCCACUGAAGCUUUGAGACCUGGAGCUGAGACUAAGCUGGACUGGAAAACUAUUGAGGGCAUUGCUGAGGAUGUUCCAUCCUGUUCUUUGGCGUAUGAUCAGGUCCUUAAUCUUUCUCUUGUUGAUCUUUCGGUUUCUGCUGGCUUGCUUGAGAGUAAAUCAUCUGCGCGUCGUCUGUUGAAGCAAGGGGGUCUCUACUUGAACAAUUGCAGAGUUGACACUGAAAAUAAGAGAAUUGAGCCUGAAGAUAUUGUGGAUGGAAAAGUUCUCCUUUUAUCUGCAGGCAAGAAGAACAAGGUCAUUGUACGAAUAUCUUGAUUGCUAUCGUUGCACAAUUUAUAAGUUGCUACAAAUUAUUUCUCUAUCUUGUGAAUUUUUUUCUGAAUUAUGGGGUGGCGAGCUUCUCCAUAGAAGUGACUUUAAGCGGUCAUAUCUGAAGCUUGGUUGCAAAAUUUUGCGGUUACUGUACUACUUUCUUGGGAAAAUAUUGAACAAUGAUCUUGCACCUAUUGAUAUUUUAACCAAACACAGCAUUUCCUGCUGCUUAGUUCUUAUCA